AUGAACCGUUUUAGAGGAAAGAGGAAGGAAAAGGAAGAGCCUGCGACGAAUGGAGACCACACAAUGCCUUCGUUUCGAGGCUUUCUAAGGGGUAAAAAGGCCCCGGAGGAAAAACCAGAGCCCCAGAUCGAUAUUGCAACCGCAUUACCAUCACAUGAUGAUUUCCGGACGAGUCUACUCAUGACGGGCUUGUCAGCUCGUUUCUCCAUGUUGAGAGAACAGGAUGACCCGAGCAGCAAAAUUGGGAAAGCCAGCGACGACAGUGUGCUGUUCCCCAAACGACAGUCGCGGAUGAUGGACUACGGUUUUAAUGGCGGAGUUGGUCUCAAUGACAUCGCCGAGGUGGAGUCUAUAAGAGCGCCUUUCAACCGCAUGGACUCAUUCGCGUCAGCAGACGAUACAUCUUCAACCAAGGGCAGCAUAAUGAGCAGAGGGAAGCCUACUGAUGGCAAUAAUCUGUUUGGGGGCCGACAAAAGAUUGUAGUUGGAAACAGGACACUCUACGAAAAUGACGUCGCUGGUUCGUCGUUCCAGAAGUGGCGGCGCGAGGAGAGGGAACGUGAGCGCAGGGCUCUCGAGGACGAAGAAGCCAAUGAUGACUCCCAAGGUUGGAGAUCGAGACCCAGUGAAGAGGAAGCGUCUGCUGCAAGACCAGAAUCUCCAUCUGGGCCAAACUUCAGCCGGAGACGAGAGACCUCGUCAACAACUGCCUCGUCCUUGGCGCGCAAUUCCACAGCAGCCACUUCAAUAGCCUCACAACAGUCACAGGCUACAACCGCUUCCACAGCCUCUGGUGCCCCUAUCGAGCGUUCAGUCACUCGGACGAGGAGACUUUACGAGCAGGCGCUGAACCAGGAUCUCCAUGCUAGCCAAUCCACUGCUUUGUCACGCAUUGAUACCCUCACAGGAAAGAAGUCAUUCACCAGGGGCUCUCCCGAUCCAAACUCCUCAACAUCACCUACGAUGGGCUUCGGCUUUGGCGAACGCCGACCUAUAAUGUCCAAGGCCAGCGCUCCUAACUUGAGAACAGCAAGCCCUGCUGCCUCGGCAGCUUCCGGCUCGAACGACCGGGGCAGCAACAUCUCCAUUAAAGAAUCUCGGUUCAACUUUGCUGGGACGCCUCCUCUGAGCCCUCCAAUCAGCGAGACUGGCGAUAUGCCUCUCAUGGCUAUACAGCCCAAUGACGUAGGCAAGGCAACUGCUAUGGGCGUGUUCAACAAACCAAUGCAACCGUACAAUGAGUCCAAGUACGCAGAGCGACAACUCCAGCUACAACAAGGUCGUGACACCCCGACGCUGCGUGACCGGACCGAGUCCAACGCCACGAAUAUGUCCAAGAAUGGUCUGUCGCUACAUACAGACCCGAAGGACAAGUCAGCGGGAUUAACUUUCCUUGAUGAUUCUGACGAUUCCCCAGAUGAGCCUCGGCAUUCCCCCAUUCCUCCCGCUGUUGUUCUAGAAAGACCUGCCGAUAGUGAGCAUCCCGCAUUCAGGCAGGGCUCCCUACCGACACCACUCUCUUUCAAAUCACAAGUGUAUGACCCACCACACGAUCCUUCACCACCGCUAUCUAAGCCUGAGAUGUUCGAAUCACCUAUAAUUCCACAACACACCACGCCGGUCGACUCGCCUACGCUGGGUUCUCCGGGCCUUCUCACAACUGGCCUGAGUGGCAUGGUGCGUCAGCACAUGCGGACGGAAAGCAGCACAUCUUCUAUCUACGGGCCUAGCUCCUCGGGCCUGGAGGUUAAGUUUCCAGCUGCCUCGCGCGAUUCAACCGUUCUGGCAAUCAUGGGUGAUGGUUUAGGGGUGAGCAGUUGGCAGGACCAGCAGUGGAAUCCCUAUGAGGACGAAGCCGCCGAGUCUCGCAUCAGUCAGCACACGCUUGUUCAAGACGACACACCGACAGAACCGGAACCGUCAUCGCAGCCGGAGCCAGUCGAAAUCACAGACAACGACACCAGCCCGGUUAAGGAGGAAGACCCCGAUGACUUUGCCAACCGGGUCGCGAUUGCGAGGCGUCGUGUUCAGGAAAGACUGACCACAUCUUAUCUCGAAUCUGCCGACAGCAGCCGGGCGCCUUCGCCUCAACCGCAGGAGCGCGAGAUGCCUGUACCAGCCAAACCCAGUCCGUUUGGUCUGCUCAGGGGCAAGUCAAGUCGGGGAUCUCUGGCUGACAGGAAUCGCAGUGGUCCACCCAGGAAGGCUUUGCAGACUCUAGGCAUUGGUGCCACGACCAUGAGCUCAUCGCCCAGCCCUUCUAAACAAUCCUUCGAAGACGCCGGCCUUGCCCCUAUGAGGGAGGAGGCGGAGGUCAACUCGAGGGUAGAGACAACUAGGCGCCAGUUUGAGGACAAGGUCAAGGAAAAGGACUCGGAUGCUCGGUCGCUGAGGUCUACGAAAUCCACCAGGUCUUUGACGGACAAGGACGAUGAACAGACUCACCCUGGUCUGCGCGCCUUCAGACAGGCUCGUCGACAGCUUCAGAAGCAAAAGGAACUUGCCGUUCUUGCCCGGCAUCAGGGUCAAGGAGAGGGGGUCAAGAAUGAAGAGUCUGACGCUCAAAGUGACAGCAAUCCGCAGGAACGAACACCAUCCAGAACCCGACACCCCAGGCGGGACUUCAGCGAGGAUUCGUAUCGCAGUGGCACAUCGAUGUCUCCUCCACGCAAGGAGCGCGACAGGAGUGGGUCUGAAACGAGUAAUGGCAGGGUCCCACCUCGACCGCCUCGUCUUCGCAACAACUCGACUCCCUACGAAAACCAGCAGCUGAACGAUUCCGAUAACACACCACGCCGCCUGAUGCUGCGAUCGCCGGGGCUUCCUGGUACCGACAUCAAGAGGUCGCCGAUUAUGCCGCCUCAGCCUUAUCCUGGCGCUAUGUCGUCGCCCAAAGGCUUCUCUAGAUCAGCUUCUUCGGGAAAUCUGAGGGUUAACCCUGGACGAGUUGGAGAAUUGGCGCCCAUUUCUCCUAUCGCCCCAUUGGGUGGUCUCCCAAACAGCCCGAGGCAUCAGUUUGUUCCUCCUUCGCCUGCCGCGAAUUCCUCUUCGGCCUUUCCGGGCCCUUCAGGAUCAACUACCAACAGCACUCUGAACGAGGCGAAGAAGAAAUUUAUCAACAAGAAGGACAUCUCUGAUCCGACACUGGUGAUGAGCACUAGCCGCGUUCCGACGGUGAAUCUGCCCCAUAGCCAACCUUCAUCGGACAGCGCAGGGGCGGGAUCGGAUCAGCGUAAUGCUCCUCCACUCCCACCGAUAAACCCUAGGCGAACUCGAGGUGUCAUGAAUGGCUUCCUCGGACGAAAGAAUAGUGAUUAUGACGACGAGAAUUUAGCUACCUCGAGCUCCCCACAUCUCCCUCUGACGAACUCAAGUGGCUCGCUCGGGGGCUCGAGGACGGCAGACGAUGGCCGCAGUGCUUUCUCCGUUAGCGACGACGAGGAAGACAAGCCGGUCAGUAGAUGGCGGCUCAGGAAGGCGAAUCCGGAAGGACAAGGGUCUAACUCGCAGGCUUCUGCCGCACCAUCACUGGGCGCUGCUGGGCCCUUUGGACCUCCGCGGGAUACGCGAGCAUUUGUCUCAGCUGCACCGCCGGUGGGCCGGUCAGUGAUGACUGCCCCGACAAGGAAACCUAGUGCUCUGCCGGGUGGGAUGAUUUGA